AUGACCGACGUGGAAAAGGGAAAACAAGCUGCAGCGACGGCCGCUGUCGACGAGUGGUUAAAGGACAAUUUGGCUGUUGGUAUUGGUAGCGGAACGACUGUUGUUUACGCGGUGAAGAGAAUAAGUACGCAGUGUUUUAUUACGUUCAUUGCCCUCCAACUGAUCAUGGCGGCUAAAUUACCACUUACUACUUUGGAUGAGACCCCUGUGCUUGAUGUGACUUUCGAUGGCGUCGAUGAAAUGACACCAGAUUUUAACUCAAUCAAAGGUGGCGGCGGAUGUCUGCUACAAGAAAAGAUUGUCGGUUACAAUGCCAAAUCCUUCGUUGUGAUUGCGGACGAAAGCAAACGUGCGUCAUACUUGGGAGAAAAAUGGAAACGUGGCUUGCCUAUUGAAGUGGUUCCCGUGGCCUCAACGACGGUAAAAAAUGAAAUCGAACGACGGUUCGGUGGUGUUGCGAAAUUGCGAAUGGCCGUUUCUAAAAUGGGUCCCGUCGUAACAGACAAUGGGAAUUUUCUACUUGACUGGCAGUUUGACGCCAAUCCUUCAAUUGAUUGGAAGAAGAUGGAUGUCGAUCUGCACCUCAUCCCAGGCGUCGUUGAUACUGGCCUAUUUCUAGGCCUCGCAGUCCGCGCUUAUUUCGGAAAGGCAGAUGGUAGCAUUGAAAAGUUGACUAAGUAA